UCUUCUUCAUGCAUAGAUAUCUUCACAUACCCAUGUUUUUUUUGGAAUUUUCCAUGACCCCAUUAAUUUUUUUUCCCUCAAUUUGUACUGUGCACAAUCUUUAUCAAAAUAAUUUGUAUUGUGAACAACUCUUUGCUAGUGCUUUUUCUUCUUUAUUACUGUUCCUUUCCUUUAUUAAGUAUUUUUAUUUUUAUCUUUUGGGAUAAAGCAUGGUUGUUGGGGACAUAGGAUAUAUUGGAUUUCAACUAGUUUGGAUUGAAGCAUAGUUGACUGAUUGUUUGAUUGGUUAUGGUUGUUGUUGAACUUAUUUUUUAUUUCUGUAAAGAAGGAUACCUGUUUUAUUAUGGCCAUGUUGAGGCAAUUUUAUCAUUUUAUGAGCCUCAUUCUUUCAGAUUUUAAAGUAGCUAAGAGAAAUGAUGUGUAGAAGGACAAUUAUGUUGUAAGCUGUGGCUAACUCAAAAAAAAAAAAAGAUCUUGCCAGUUGCCAUAUUUAUCUGGUGCCAUGACAUAUUGAUGGAUCUAAAAAGCCUUCAAAUGGCUGACCAUUCACUUUAUAGCGUUUAUAUAACCAUGACUCGUAUUGGACUUGUAUAAUGAACUUACUCACCACCAGCAGUUCUAUAGUUCUUAUCAUCAUUUGGAUCUUUUAGUGACUUUUUUUGUCCACUUUGCUAUGUUUAUGUUCUUUCCUUUAUUGAUGUUAAGUAGAUAUGCGCUUUUUGACUGUCCAUACUUUCAAUUUCAUACUUGAGAUGCUGAGUUAACUGGAUAUUACUAAAUCUUUUCGAUAAUGUUGUAGCUUUAAUUAAAGAAACAUGUCCAGUUUCUGCUUAAUUGUUGCAUUGGCUGUUCCUUUAUCAGUUUUGACAUAGAUUGCUAGAGCAUACCUCUAUGAUAGCAAAGAUUUUGUCCUUGAAACUCAGACUUGAGGGUGAGUUUUUGGUUUUCUUCCUGUUGGACUUUGAAUAACCAAGUUUCUCAACUAUGAGCAGAAAUAUGGAUCGAGCAAGGUUGAGUAAAAGAACCCGUUGCUCAGGUUCAACACCGUCAGAGGAGUCAGCCUUAGAUCUUGAAAAAUACUGUUGCAGUUACUCUAAUCUUCCUUCACUUAGUCCACCAACACUUCAACCUUAUGCAUCGGCUGGACAACACUCUGAGGGUAAUGCUGCAUACUUCUCCUGGCCUAGUCGGAAUGAUGCUGCUGAAGAGAGAGCAAACUAUUUCGCGAAUCUUCAGAAAGGGGUUUUGCCAGAAACUCUUGGCAGAUUGCCUGAGGGGCAGAGAGCGACAACCUUGCUUGAUCUCAUGACUAUAAGAGCAUCUCAUAGCAAACUCUUGCGUUGCUACAGCCUCGGUACAGCAAUUGGUUUUCGUAUUCGACGUGGUGUUUUGACUGAUAUACCAGCAAUACUAGUGUUUGUAUCCCGCAAAGUUCACAAACGAUGGCUUAGUCCAAUUCAGUGUCUACCUACUGCUUUAGAGGGUCCUGGAGGUGUGUGGUGUGAAGUGGAUGUGGUCGAGUUCUCCUAUUUUGGUGCACCAGAGCCGACACCCAAGGAACAGUUGUACACGGAGAUAGUCGAUGACCUGCGGGGUAGUGAUCCGUGUAUUGGUUCAGGAUCUCAGGUAGCAAGCCAGGAGACAUAUGGAACCUUGGGUGCUAUUGUGAGGAGCCUAUCAGGCAAUCGGCAAGUUGGUUUUCUAACAAAUCGGCAUGUUGCUGUUGACUUAGAUUACCCAAAUCAGAAAAUGUUCCAUCCUUUACCUCCAACACUUGGACCUGGGGUAUAUCUGGGUUCAGUGGAGCGAGCUACAUCUUUUAUCAGAGACGACCUUUGGUAUGGCAUAUUUGCUGGCGUAAAUCCAGAGACAUUUGUUAGGGCAGAUGGUGCAUUCAUCCCUUUCACAGAUGAUUUUGAUAUGACCUCUGUGACUACUUCUGUAAAGGGUAUAGGGGAAAUGGGAGAUGUCAAAGUUAUAGAUUUGCAAUCUCCUAUUAGUAGUCUCAUUGGGAAGCAGGUGAUGAAGGUCGGAAGAAGCUCUGGAUUGACUACAGGGACUGUUUUGGCAUAUGCCCUUGAAUACAAUGAUGAGAAAGGGAUUUGCUUCUUGACCGAUUUUCUUGUCAAUGGAGAAAACCAGCAGACGUUUGACCUUGAAGGAGACAGUGGAAGUUUAAUCGUGUUAAAGGGUGAGAAUGGGGAGAAACCCCGACCAAUUGGUAUUAUUUGGGGUGGAACUGCAAAUAGGGGGCGGCUUAAACUAAAAGUGGGACAAUCUCCUGAAAACUGGACUAGUGGAGUUGACCUUGGGCGCCUGCUUAAUUUCCUUGAACUUGAUAUCAUCACAAAAGAAGAAGCUCUUAGAGUUGCAGUACAAGAACAGAGAGCUGCCUCUGCCACAAUGGUGGGCUCUACAGCUGGGGAUUCUUCACCUCCUGAUAUAAUGCUUCCAAAGGACAAAAUAGAGCCUCUUGGGCUUCACAUUCAACAAAUUCCCUUAGAAGAUGGUGUUGGUGGGCCUGAUAUAAACUCGUCGCCUGUGGAAGCUACAUUUAACUUGGAAGAAAGUGGGAUUAACUUUGGUGCAAGUGUCGAACAUCAAUUCAUUACAAGCUUCAAUGGGCAACCUCCGGCUAAUCAAGAAGAUCACCGUGAUAAGUCAGCAUACGAGAAUCUCUCAGCUUUGAGGAAAGGCUCCGAUGAAGACAUCAGCUUUUCCUUGCAGUUGGGUGGUCAUGAAUCCAAGAGAAGUCGUUCAGAAUCUUCACCAAGCACAGAUGAACCAGAAUGAUUUUCUCCUUUUAUCUGCUAGUGUAUUUUACUUUGAGGUCUUUCGGGUAGCGGUAAAAGGAAAUGCAUUUGGUGUUUGGAGGUGCUGAGUUUUCAUCUUGAUGCAAAUUUGUGUAUGAGGAGUUUCGUAUUUGAACAUGUCUCUAGUGCAAAAUCCAAGUGUAAACUACAUGCAAGUUAAGAGCAGCUCAUUUCUUGAGCUAUUUCGAUUCUUGGAA